CAAAACUAUCAUCAUGGGUAUCAAAACUUUGAUUAUCUUUUUUCAUAUUUUCAUAUUAGCAGUUUUAUCGUCCAACAAUAUCAUUUUGACUUCAGGUGCAGAGAUCAAAAAAUUCUCAUAUGAUCAUUGCUUUCAUUUAUGUGUGGCUGGCGAAUACGGAUCAAAUGAAUGUUUCGUGGAUUGUGCUCAAAAGGGAUUUUGGCAUGGAGAUUGUGCAAACCGAACUGAAAAAGAUCCUAUUCGAUGUUGUUGUUAUAACUAAAAUAAAACUUAGAUAUAAAAGUUUUCUCUAUUAGCUGAAAUGAAUCAAUGUUUCCUUAUUAAAUAUCAACAAAAUAUUAUACCUUACUGAAUAUCAUUA